CUUUUUUUUUUUUUUUAGCCUUUUUUUUACCAGUGCAAACGAUCUGGCAACCCGAAGUGUACCCCAUACAGUUUAAUCUGGCAACCUGUUUUAUGACCAAUAGGGCGCGUGAGCAGGAGGAGUACUUAUAGCGGUGAGAUUUAAACGGUUGCCAUAGCGAUGCGCGGUGCAGCCUGUCGCGCGCUCUGACCGGAGCGAUGCCUCCGAUCCCUGGUCCGAGUUCAUGGCGAUGAUCCGAAGGCAGCGGUGAAGCGCAGGAGGCUGAAGCGCAGGAGGCUGAAGCGCAGGAUGCCUGCUCUGGAGCUCUUGCUGAUUGUAGCCUUGUGUCUGGUACCGGUGGAGGAGUGCAGGAGUCACAGCGCAGCGCGUGAGAAACGCGGAGUCCCUCUGGCAAAGAAGCCCCCAGAUGUGACCAAAUCCAGGAAGGUGAAAACAGAGCAGCUACUCAGGGUGGACGAUCAUGACUUCACCAUGAGACCCGCUUUUGGAGGUCCUGCUAUUCCUGUGGGCGUCGACGUUCAGGUCGAAAGCUUGGACAGCAUUUCAGAAGUAGACAUGGACUUCACCAUGACCCUAUACCUCAGGCACUACUGGAAGGACGAGCGUCUGUCCUUCACCAGCACCACCAACAAAAGCAUGACCUUCGAUGGACGCCUGGUGAAAAAGAUCUGGGUGCCUGAUGUGUUUUUCGUGCACUCGAAGAGAUCCUUCAUCCAUGACACUACCACCGAGAACAUCAUGCUGAGGGUUUUCCCAGAUGGCCACGUUCUCUACAGCCUGAGAGUAACGGUUACAGCCGCCUGCAACAUGGACUUCAGCCGAUUUCCGCUGGACUCGCAGACCUGUUCUCUAGAACUCGAGAGCUAUCUCUGGCGCUCCUUGGACCGUUGGGUUAGCUGUAAUGUCUGCUGUAAUCUCUCCAUCACAGAUGCUUACACAGAUGAGGAUCUGAUGCUGUACUGGAAGAGCGGGGACGAGUCUCUGAGCACGGACGACAGGAUCUCCCUCUCUCAGUUCCUCAUCCAGAAAUUCCACACUACCUCGCGUCUGGCUUUCUACAGCAGCACAGGCUGGUACAACCGGCUGUACAUCAACUUCACGCUGCGGCGUCACAUCUUCUUCUUCCUACUGCAGACAUAUUUCCCAGCCACGCUCAUGGUCAUGCUGUCCUGGGUUUCCUUCUGGAUCGACCGCAGAGCCGUGCCGGCCCGAGUCUCCCUGGGUAUCACUACGGUGCUCACGAUGUCCACGAUCAUCACCGGCGUGAACGCCUCAAUGCCUCGAGUGUCCUACAUUAAAGCUGUGGACAUUUAUCUGUGGGUCAGCUUUGUGUUUGUUUUCCUUUCCGUCCUCGAGUACGCCGCAGUCAACUAUUUGUCCACUGUACAGGAUAGGAGAGAACGCAAGCUCCGCGAGCGUGUCCGAGCGCAGUCGCUGUCCUGCACAUGUGGCUUGUCCCACACCAGGACCAUGAUGCUGGAUGGGACGUGCAGUGAAGCAGACGCCAAUAGCCUGGCCGGCUACACCGACGCCCCCAUGAUGCCCCAGGAGGUGGAGAAACGUGAGCACAUGGUGGUGCACCUGUCGGUCAGCAACACCUCGACGGCUACCAAGAAGAAAGGACUGCGCAACUUCAGCAUAAUCCAGAACACGCACGUCAUCGACAAGUACUCGCGCAUGAUCUUUCCCGGAUCCUACAUCUUUUUCAACCUUAUAUACUGGUCCGUUUAUUGCUGAUGUGUGAGAGCUUUUGGGACACGAACGCUCGAAGACUUUUGACAGAUUUCAUGUAUAAAAUGUACAUUUGAGGAAUUUAAAUGGGAAAAUCUUGUAUUAUAAUUUUUCACCUUUGUAGACUUAA